CCAGUCUUGCGCAAGGCCUCCUCUCAGUGAGCGCGGACAGUCUGUACUUUGAUUCAAGCACAUUCCUCUGGUCCAGUUUGGUCAAUCACCACCCUUUACACUCGAAAACAUGAAUGGUUCAAAACCCAACCCCUCCGUCGCCGAUCUGGCUGCGAUGACCACUGAAGAGAGAAUGGCAGGCCUGGAACACUCCGAGGUCCGAUACUUUACAAGCUACGAUCAUCACGGAAUUCAUGAAGAGAUGCUGAAAGAUGAGGUGCGGACACGAUCUUACCGAGACUCGAUUUACCAAAACAAGCACUUGUUCAAAGACAAGGUUGUGCUUGAUGUUGGAUGCGGUACGGGAAUCCUCAGCAUGUAAGAUUUAACCCAAACCCGACUCUGGCGAAAUCCCAGCCUCACCGCAAUCCAGGUUCGCCGCAAGAGCGGGGGCAAGACACGUCAUUGGAGUCGAUAUGUCGAGUAUCAUUAACAAGGCCAAAUUGAUUGUCGAUGCCAACGGCCUUUCCCAAAAGAUUACAUUGUUACAAGGAAAGAUGGAGGAAGUCGAGUUGCCCCAGCAGCACCUCAAUAACGGCAAGGUGGACAUCAUCAUCUCCGAGUGGAUGGGUUACUUCCUCCUGUAUGAGAGCAUGUUGGACACGGUGCUCUAUGCUCGAGACCAGUAUCUCAUCCAAGGUGGUAAGAUCUUUCCGGAUAAGGCGACCAUCUACAUGGCUGCCAUUGAGGAUGGCGAAUACAAGGACGACAAGAUUGGAUUCUGGGACAACGUUUACGGCUUUGACUAUUCGCCAAUGAAGGAGAGCGCGCUGACAGAGCCAUUGGUGGACACGGUGGAGUUGAAAGCGCUGGUGACAGAUCCAUGUCCCGUGUUCAACAUCGACCUCAACACGGUCAAGGUGGAAGACCUGGCUUUCUCCGAGCCGUUCUCGCUGCGAGUGCAGCGCAACGACUUCAUUCACGCAGUCAUUGCCUGGUUUGAUAUUGACUUCCAGGCAUGCCACAAGCCGAUCCGCUUCUCCACUGGACCACACACCAAGUAUACGCACUGGAAACAGACUGUCUUCUACCUCCGAGAUGUCUUGACUGUGGAAGAAGGCGAACAUGUGCGAGGAUUUUUGUCCAACAAACCCAACGACAAGAACCGACGAGACCUGGACAUCAAGAUCGACUACGAGCUGAGCACCGAGGAUCCAACACGAAUGGCGGCUGGCUCAUGCGAGUAUCGCAUGUGCUAGUGACGGAGGAGAGGGGCAGUGCUUGCCACGACCAAUUGUCCGUCCCAUCUUGCAUGGCUUGGCUCGUCCCAGGCUGUAUGUAUAGCAUUGGAACAGGCAAGCAUCAUCACCACCGCCACCAGUGCUGAGAUCUUCGAGCAUGGACAUCUGAAGCGCUCGAUGACUUGGGUGGGACCUUGCACCCUUGCUUGAGGAGGUUUCCAUUACCCUGCAGCAUGUCCAUCCGCGCACCAGAUGCAAAUCCCCAUGUGUUCGGGCUCGCACGCGGCUCUAUAUGUGCUAUGCUGUGUUGCAGUUGACUUUGCAGCUGCACAGUUAGCUGAUUCCAUCCCUGGAUCGCCCGUGAGAGAGAUUCCAACUUGUCUGCAUAAUAUUGCGAGCAAGCAAGGACAAGGGAGUAAGGAAAUGGGCUUCUACAGCUGCAGCUGCAUGCGCUCAGACCCAGGGUGUAAGCCAAACUUGAAGAACCCCGUCCGAACGGAAGGAUAGAUACCCCACGAGUUGACGAUGAGAUGUGGCCAUCGAGGUUAAUCUUGUAAUGCACAUUGUGAGACUGAACAGACUCUUAAGCUCGUAGAGAAGGGAAGGAGUUGUGCCGCGUGAGAUAGCAGGUACACUUCUUAUCUCCUUGCAAGUCACCGCAUCAAACACUCAUCAUACACACUGGGUAUUCAGACAUAUGGAGUUGUCGGUAAGUCGGAGAACCCGGAGACUUUGGUAGAGCCGCCAAAACCCGACCAGAUUGGGACAAAAGACCGAGACACCAAAAGUAAUCACAAGAAGUCCAAGAUGCGGGCAACUGAAGGAUGAAAAAAGUACCUCGGCAUCGGCUCCCCCGCAACCAAAACAGGCACUGGUUCUUCGGAUACAGAGUACUGGAGGAAGCUCGACUUAAAGAGAUCCAAACCGAUCCAUUUACCGGGUCGUGUGAAUCGUUGACAUCCGAG